AUGGGCCCCUGUACCGCCUCCUCAUGCUGCUGCCAGGCCCGUAAUCUGCCAUGGGCCCCCGUACCGACUCCUCAAUGCUGCUGCCAGGCCCGUAAUCUGUCAUGGGCCCCUGUACCGCCUCCUCAUGCUGCUUGCCAGGUCCAGAGUGUGUCAUGGGUCCCCCUGUACGGCCUCCCAUUGCUGCUGUCUCCAUCGCCACACUCUGCCAUGUGCCACUUUCAGGUCUCCUCACACUGCUGGUGGGUUCCAUUUUUUCAUAGGGUGCUGUAUGGGCCUCCCAUUGCUGCUGCCUCCAUCACCGCCACAAGCUGUGGCUCCACACUCUGGUUUUGGCCCCGUGGACUGCCCAAAUGAGUGAAGUGUGCGGUGAUUCUAAGAUCGACGGCACUCAUCUGCAUGUCAUUCUGACUGACAGUAUUAUUUCUCUCCCCAGCAGACUCCAAGGGCAUUUAAAUUAAAGGUACAGUGUUCUGCACUAAUAUAA